UUUUUGAGUGACAGUAGCAAGUGGGGGGGCCCGUUCUGCUAAGCGUGACUAAUAAUUGAACAGGUGUCGUGGUGUUUUUCUCCUCACAAUACUAUAAAAACUGGCCGUAAAAGAGACAGAUUGGUGCGGAGAGUGACUUUUCUGCAAAACCAUCGUCAUGGAUUCUCCAGACAGAUCGUCUAAGGCUCAAGCCGGAUCUCCGAUCUUGAAUUCCUUGAGCAAAUGGCGCUAUCGCACAUUCAUUCGGGACAACUUACAAAAGCGUGGAAUACCUUAUUUCGUGUGGCCAAACAGCCUAAAACGACUGAAACUGAAGGAGCAACCCCAGUCAAAUUUUGAGCGCGAGGAAGGCCUUCGUUCGCAAUGACAUACCUAAACACUGCUGGCCCCGUUCGAUUCGGGAAGAAAACGAUGUUACACCUUCGCAGAAGAAAAAGCAGGAAAUCGACAGAUUCAGAGCGGACGACAGUCUGUUUAAACCGAGCAUAAAGAGGAGAUGUCUUUCGAUUACGUAUUUGACAAUUUUGCCGAAAGAAACCCGGCUGAACAAUCGCUACAUCGUUUUCCGUCAGAGCAGACUGUUUCACAGUGACAAGCCGACUGAAGUCUCCAUUUCUGAAAAGGAGUUGUACCUGUUAAACCAGACCGUCCCGAAAACGAAUGAAGUGGGGGAAUUGCAUGCUAUGAUCUUACAGGCCAGAAACAGGUCAUGCACGGUUCGCGACACAAAACACAAGAGCGAACUGUCCAGGUCAGCCACAAUCACACUGAAGGUCAGAUCCGCGCAUUAUUUGCGUCAAAUCACCCUGACCAUCACAGGGCUCAAGACCCCUGAGUUUACCUACAGAGUUCGACUGGAAGUAUGCACGUCACAUGUGAUAAGGCACGAAAACGUGUGCUCCAGCGAUGACGACCAGUGGAUUUUUUUAUUUUGCCCCUACUGAAAAAGAAGAGCACGUCCAGCUGAUUGAAAUAACUUUGCGGGAGAGCGAACUACUGGAUAUUUAUCACGCGGUCAAACAUGUUCUGACAGCCAGCGUAAUAUGCGGUUGCGACAGCUGUCAUAUUCCACGCCCGACGAGUCUGAUGUCUAAAUACCAAGAUGACAAAACAGCGAUGCGCAUGUGCGAGGACAUGCCCAGCGGGAGAGAUUCUGAUCUAGACCUCGUGGAACGUAAAAAAAGCGGCGAAAAUGACAUUUCAGAUUCGACCAGCGCCAGCGAGGUAGAAGAAGAGGAAGAGGAAGUCUCCGGCGUGACCGAUCUGGACAGCGAUGAAUUUAUCGUGGUGGACGAGGACGGCUUACAAAGCCGACCUUCUUCGCCGGCUGACAUCGAGCAGCGUGAGAGAGAGAACGCGAGCGCUUUCUCAGGAACGGGGUCAAAAGGUCAAUGCGAGGAACCUCUUGACGCCAGCUCGGAAAGUCAGAGCGAGAAGCCUUCGGACCUCAGUCUGAAGGACCGAGCCACGAAAAUUGUGGAAUUUAUCUGGGCAAGAGCGAUCAUCCUGGCUGUUCGUCAAUGGGUUACGAGAGAUUGCGGUGGGUGUCAAAUUGAACACCCAUCACAGAGACAGCACAGUUGCGUGGAAGGCGUCCCCGUAAGAUUUCUGGACAACGAGUUAAAGCAGAAGUGGCUGAAUCUCAUUCCCGCUUGUGAAUUGGAAAUAAAAGAGUCUCUAAAGCAACACUUUGAAUUAAAAGAACCUCAUGAUGGUUUUGUAAUAAACAUUUUGCGUAGAAUUUACACGCUGACGCAGGAAAAAUUGAGUGAAUAUAACCCGCUGUCCGAGUACCUGAGCAGAGAUCCGUCCGAAAUUCUGAGCCGGUUCUACAUGCGGCCGGAUGAACCUCUGAACAGCGCUGCGGAAUCAACGGCCGCCGACGUGUGUAAAAUUCUGAUGGGGUCUGAGGAUGUGUAGUGAUUCGCGAGAGAGAGAGAGAUUGUGUAUUU